CGCCCACCUCGGAAGUUCUCUACCCUUCUUCUUCAACAAUUCAUGUAUAUAUAACUGCCUCUUCUCUCAUCUUCUUUUCUCGGUAUGUAUUAGGAUUGUAACCUAGCUAGAUCUCUCUUGUGGUCUCUAUACAUAUAUGUCACAAGGCAUAGAGAAUAAUUAGGGUUUGGAUUCUAUAGGGGAUUAUUAUUUCACAAUUGUGUUGGAUUUUCAUAAGAAUGUCUCAUCUCAAUAUUGAUAUGAAGAAGAAUUCGAUGAGGAAGAAUAAGAAACUGGUUAUUAAUAUUGCUGCUGUAAAGAAAGAAGGUCUCGCUUCAAGAUUUGAAACUGAUCAGGAUCUUGGUUCUUCAAUAAAGAAUGAGAAAAAGAGGUUUGAAUCAUCGGAGAGACAAAGAGAUGUGUUUGAUCAAAGGAUUCGUUUCAAAGCUAAUGAAGAGAUUGAUGAUCAUGGUUCCCAUGAUCGUUCUAGGGUUAGAGACGGAGUGAUGCGUGAGGUCGACGUCGGUACAGGAUUAUCUGGGGCGUUAAAGCUUCUCAGAGAGCAAGGAACUUUCAAGGAGAAAAGCAGCAGCAAGCAUCAUCUAGGUGUUAGAGACAAUCAUGGUAAAGAUGACAGAUUCAAAGAUGCGUUUAAGGAUAUUAGGAUUGAUAGGGUGGAUGAAUUUGGCAGGAUAUUGACUGAAAAAGAAGCGUUUAAGAAACUUUGUCAUGGGUUCCAUGGGAAGAGGAAGCAAGAGAAACGGAUGAGGAAACAUGAAGACAGCUCAAAAAAUAUAUUGGAGUCUUCAGAUAGAGCUGUGGAAAGAAUGAGACAGGUUCAUGCCGAGUUGAAGAGUCCUUACGUUGUUCUUUAGUCUUAAACGUCUCUUUCAUAUGCUUUUGAGAUUUGGGAAAUAACAUCAAUGCAUCCCACGUCAAAACGAGCCCAUAUAGAGACGAUUUCUUCAUCUUCCAUGAGGGCCUAGCUAUGUAGUGAGAACCUUAGGGAUAACUUCACUGAAUUGCCUGAGAGCAUUCUUAGCGUAAUUCUGAGUCAUCUUACAACUCUGGAAGCUGUUAGG